AUGGUCCGGUUUAAAAAUCGGUGGCUGCUACUGACGCUGGCGUCAGAGCCUAUCCCCAUACCCGAUGACUACGGACAUCAAAUACCAUUUGCUAAUCGUGCGCCCAACGUGACGGCGCACGCCAUCACUAAAGCCUUGCGCACCUCUCUGCGUGUGAAUUUUGGCGAUGCGGCAUCCGGUGCCUAUGCUGGGCCUCUCAUGUGCAAGUAUUAUUCCCCCAAGUCCGGCAUUGGUAUCGUACGCUGUGCAAGAGAUGGCGUACGAUAUGUAUGGGGCGCUACUACUUUUCUCGACUCUAUUGAUGGUCACCGAGUGCGGAUCUGUGUACGUUCUUGCGGUGGAACCAUACGCAAGAUCCAAAGAAAGGCUAUCUCUAUCGACAAGUUCUACAUCCUGCGUCUUGAACAAGCAAAAAUGCUCAAUAUAUCUGCUCUCCGUCAUGCUGCUGCCGAACUAGAAAAACCCACGGAUACCAUGGAUGUAAUAGACGAUGACGUCGGUGUGCCUUUAGAUGAAGACGACGAUGCUGCUUCGUUUGACGACAAUGCAUCUCUACCCUGCCAAGAAACGCAAGAUAUCCCAUUGUCGGAGGAAUGCAAAACACUCUUGGCGAAAAGCCAGUCUGACAUCAUGCAGGUGUCGCACUGA